AGAUUUCCUACAAAUUGGAUCGAUUCUGUUCCUCAGCUACGUACUUGCCAUGGAUUUCUGUCAGAGUGGGCAAGAUUCUAACGACGCUUUCGAAGAAUUCAGACUGAACUUGUGUAGAUUCAGGUGGUACAAUUGGGACGAAAUGAGUAAAAAGAUGCUAUUGAUCAUUUUAACUCGCACCCAAAAAGUUGAAACUAUCAAUACUUUGGGCAUGUCUGUUGAUAGAACACUGAUGGUCAGGAUGCCUCCUUUACGUUGGGGUGUUGUAGGAGCAGGAAGAAUCACUCACGAUUUCGUCACAGCAGUACAAAUUUUUCCGGAAGAACAUACAGUGGUUGCAGUUGGAAGUGGCAUUAUAGCAAGAGCUGAAAAUUUUGCGAAAGAGCACAAUAUUCCGAAAGCAUAUGAUGAAUAUGGUUCAAUUGCAAAGGAUAAGGAUAUUGAUGUUGUUUACAUUGGCAACCUCAACCCACAACAUUACUGCACUGUGAAAAUGAUGCUGGAAAAUGGAAAACCCGUCUUGUGCGAAAAACCACUUACCUUAAACGAGAAGCUAACAACGGAUUUGGUGAAUCUUGCAAGGUGCAAACAAGUUUUUCUCAUGGAAGCUGUUUGGUCAAGAUGCUUUCCCGCCUAUCGGAAGUUGGAAGAGCUUAUCGCAGAUGGAAACAUUGGAGAGGUAUUGUACCUCAACGUCAAUUUCGGUUUCGAUCUUCAGAAUAAAGAGAGAGUCAAGAAUAAGGACCUGGGUGGAGGAGCCAUUUUGGACAUCGGCGUUUACUGUCUUCAGUUUCAACAGUUCGUUUUUCGAGGAUUACAGCCUACCAAGAUGGUUGUUAAUGGUUCCCUCACACAAGACGGAGUUGACGGCACUACUGGAGCUUUGAUCUCCUAUCCUGGUGGUAAAUUGGCUUCGAUAACUUGUUCAGCUGAAGUGAAGAUGCCGAAUGAAGCAAUUAUAGUUGGCACUAAGGGAACUCUUAGGAUUCCAAACUUCUGGUGCCCGACGGAAAUUAAAGCCGAGGAUCAAACCUAUAAGUUCGAUCUGCCUCAAAGCAGAGUGAAGUUCAAUCAUAUGAACAGCGCGGGAUUGUCUUACGAAGCGAUGGAAGUCAAGCGAUGUUUGGAAGAAGGUGAGCUGGAGAGUAACAAAAUCACUUUGGACGAAACGAUACAGCUAGCCAGGUUCAUGGAUACAAUGAGGAAAGCAGUUGGCUUGCAGUUUCCAGAAGAUUUCGAUUGAAUUUCCAAUGGCAUUUAUACUUUGUGGGGAUUAAACAAUUCAAUUUGCAA